ACAAAAGUGAACGUCGUUGCGUGCGCGUGAGUGGCAGUACGUCUCGAAGCGUGAGCCGCGCGUGUCGUGCGUAUCGUAGUAUCGUGAUGCUUAGAUGGUGCUUGGUGGUGUUGCUCGCGGGCUCGGUAGCGGCGGGUGGCCGCCUGCCCCGAACCUCCCCGCCCUCUCCCCCAACCCCUGCGCCUUCAGCGGCCCCCAGGCUGCCCCAGCGGAACCUCACCCUCGCCUCCAGAUCUUCAGUACGAAACAGAGAGCAGUACAUAUUCAACGUGUUUGAAGUAAUAGUGAGUACGCUAGAAACGAAACUACAAAGGAUAGAGAACUUGGACAAGGCCGUGGAACACUUAAUGAGGAGAGUUGAAGCGCUCGACUCGAGAGUAAACGACAACAUACACAAAACUGAUGCUAUCAUAUCAAAACUGGGGAACCUCGACCUAAAACUGUUCAGUCACAUCGGACAGAACGACGAGCAAACUGUUACCGAAGCCAGCGCUAAGAGACAAGAAAAUAAAAAUAAAAUCAGUGACGCACAGUUGCUUGACCGAAAACUCGAGUCACUAGAUCAAAAAGUGUCAAACAUCGACACCAAACUGGUAGGCCUUAAGAAUCAGAUCGACAGUAACUUUUUGCCCGUCGAUGACAUCAAUGCCGAGGCCAGUGAAAAGAAACCUAUCAAUUUGAACGUUAUAGAAAUUGCAAAAGGUUUGAACACCGAGGUUGUCAAUGAAAUCACUAAAGAAGUGGAUCAACUGAGGAGUUCUGUGUCUACAGUUGAUCGUAAACUACAAUUCCAUAUAAAUCUUGUUUCGGAGAAUUUAGGCAAAGUACUUUACAUGAUGGCCGACGUUCACGCCGCUAUUGUUGAGCCUGAAGAUGCUUCUAUUAACGUCAACAGUUUGUUCAAGAACCGCACAGCAACAAGCACGGCGGCCCCUGUCACGAAAAAUAGUAAAAUCGAUACCCUCGUCAACAAAAUCAUACCUAUGAUGAGUGUAUCUGAAAAGAUGGAUGAAGUAUGGGAUGUAGUGGUCGGUACAAAGAGUUCAGUAGAUGAUUUGGUUCCUAAGUCUGAUGAGCUUCUCACGCAAACUCAAAGGCAAGAACGUGCUAUCGGUCAGAUCCACAAUGACUUGCGUCUCAAGACCAAUCUGAUCAUUGAGAAUUUAGAUAUGGUGGAGAAGCGGUUGAAGAAGCAGGAAGACGACGUGGCGACGCUGGCGCAGCGGCCCGUGCCGGCCGAGCUGCUGCUGGACCCCACCAUCGACCGGCUGGUGGAGUACGCACCCAACCGGUACCGCGUGGACGAGCCCGACGCCGACCCCACCACCAGCACCGUGGCCGCCACCACGCCGCCCACCUCCACACUAAACAACAGCCCGAGCACGAGCACGAGCGCCACGCUGAGCGCGAGCGGCGCCACGGUGACCGUGACCCCGGCGGCCGGCAGCACCUCGCCGCGCCCCGCCAGCCGCAAGGGCGGCAUCAUCUUCCCCAGCGUCAAGAACAAGCCCAUCAUCGGCAAUAACACUUUCGCUUCGGAAAUCGUCGCCAACUAUAAAGACGUGAAAGGGUAUUCGUGCGUGGACCUGAUGAAUGGAGGUAUGCGCGAGUCUGGAGUAUACUACCUGCAGAUCAGAGGGACCACGUAUUGGUUCUUGAAGGUGUUCUGCGAGCAAAAUGUCGCCGAUGGUGGUUGGACUGUGAUUCACCGUCGAGACGACUACGGUAUCCCCGCUGAAAAUUUCAACCGUGACUGGAACGAUUACAAGAACGGUUUCGGCGACCCCAGUAAGGAAUUCUGGUUGGGCAACGAAAAUAUAUACAUGCUGACCAAUAAUGACGACUAUAUGCUCCGGGUUGAACUUGAAGAUUUCGACGGGAACAAGAGGUACGCCCAGUAUUCGCACUUCAAGAUAUAUUCUGAAGCGGAAUACUAUAAGCUGGAGAUAGAUGGUUACGAGGGUAAUGCUGGAGACUCCCUCAACGACCCCUGGUACGGCUCAAACAACAGCCCCUUCUCUACUUACAACAGGGACAACGACAGAUCUUCGCUGAACUGCGCGUCCAUGCUGAAGGGUGGCUGGUGGUGGAAGUCCUGCGGCCGCGGCCUCAAUGGACUCUACCUGCAUGAUCCUCAAGACCUCACUGCCAGACAAGGCAUCGUGUGGUUCCGCUGGCGAGGCUGGGACUACACGCUGAAGCGAGCGUCCAUGAUGAUAAAGCCCAAAGGCCUGCUGCCCAACACGUGAAGGGGCGGCUUCCUCGCGACAUCACUACUUAACCAGCCUCUGUUCACUCAUUAUCCGGAUUCGACCUCAACUAUAGCGGCCUUCACACCCAAAGGCCCCGACAACAUAUACGUCUACUUUUCUUAUAACAUUUACUUUAAAAAUUGAACGUUAUAAAUUAAGAAAUGUUAAGUUAUGUUGUCGGUGUACUUGGGUUUGGGCUAUGCAAAUCUUCGAUACUCGACUAUGGUCUCAAAGACUACCUAUUCAUAGAGUAUGAAUCCAGACUUAUUGUUUAAUAGAUUAGCUUAUCCAAAGUUGGCUACUACUGACUGUAAAACAGACAGAAUGUAUGUUAUAAAAGAGACUUCAGAGUAGCAAAGGCAUUUCACAACAAAAAAACAGGGACACUGACAUUUUUUUACAGUGAAAGACCAACAUCGUAGCAUAUCGAAGAUUUGCGUAACUAAGUACGAACGGCCUAGUACCAAGAAAGCGUUAUAAAUUAAACUGAAGCAACUAAUCUGUGAUACUAUUCAACCGUACUCUUGCAGUCGUACAAAAUGAUCAGGUCGGAAACUGCUCAGCGAAUCCAUGUAAUGACAUCGAACAUAGCAGGCAGCUAAGCUCAAUAUAUGUACCUAUCUCUGUAAAUAAUUACUCGUAAUUCAUCAUCAUAACACGUCACCGCAUCUUCGCCAUUCAAGUCAAUGAGCCCGAUGUAAAUACCAGAUGCUACUACGAUUGUGCCACAUCACACCCCAAAUUCAUUAAUUUAUUACUCAUGUAAACUUGAUACAUAAAAAAUCUUUCGUUAAUUAGGUUUAUAAUUUAGAUGUAAGUAAAUUUUUGUAAUAAGAUGUAAAUAAUUACUAUUAUACAGCGAUCGAUGAGACGCAAACAAAAUGACAAUACUUAUUAUGUAACGUAACAUGACAGCCGAAUGUCUGGGAAACAAUUUAAUUUUACAUUAUUAUAUAAACGCACUAACUUUCGAAAUAUUUUAUAAUAUUAUUAUAUUAUACUGCUUGAAUGUAUAAAUUGAAUUAUAACUAUGUAUAGUUGCACAUUGUUCUAUAUACAUUAACCACUAUGUUACCACUAUAUUCACAUCAAUGUACCUGAUAUAUACCUGUGUAGCAGCCAGUUCGUAACACAUUAUUUAUAACUAUGUAUAGUACAGACACAUUAUAUACGAAUAUAUGAUUAAACUACAAACAAUUUGCACAACUAUAACAAAUUUAUUGAAAGUCACUCGAAACUCCGUGACGCCUUGACUAACAACCUAAGUAAGUAAAGAUGGUGUCGAGCAAUGUUCUACAACAAUCCAAACUGUACUAAAUUCUUAUAUUCUUUAGAUUGUCUAUGAACUAUUGCUUGACAUGUAACUGUGCUCGGUUAUAAGUUACAUACACGAAUAUUGUUAGUAAAUAAAUGUACGUAUUUUUA